AGUCCGGUACAGAGUUGUGACGAUGUUCCUGACGUUGAGCUCUCUCGCGCUUUUCGGCCUUCUACUAGGAUCCGAUGCGUCCCCCGCUCAUAUAAUGGACUCGAUUGAGCCUGAGAAGUUCCUGGGUAAAUGGUGGGUCGACAGUUUUUCACACGCUAUCUAUGGCGAUGCGGACCGAUGCGCCCAUGUCGUGUUGAGCAAGCACGGGGACGAGUGGAAAGUGGCUGCGCAAUAUAUCGCAGACGACGGAGAGUUAGUGCAAAUGAGCGUCGACGUGAAAGAAGAUAAACGACAUCCUUCGAGGUUCUUCCUGGAGGUGGGGGGAGAGACCCUGAUGGAGAUCGCAGUCGUCGGCACAGACUACACGAAUUGGGCUGUAAUUUGGGCGAAGUCCGGCUCAGCGACGUCUUAUAAUGUGAUAACUCGCACACCAAACAUGGAGGACAAGUUCCACGAUCCUAUCCAAGCUGUACUGGACAAAGCCAACUUGAAGAAAGUCAACUUCCACAAAGUUCCAAACGAGGACUGCUCGAAGAAGGACACCAUAUAAGAAGGUCUCUGUACCCAACGUACUCAUACUCUAUCCAAACAUACUCUACCAAGUCGUCUAUACAUUUACCUGAUACCAUUGCUCCGAAUCCGAACGUACUGAGAGGCGGGGAACCCUGGUGCGAAUACUUACAGCCCUGGACAAUGUCGAUGACCCAGAGGCCAAUGCAGGCAACCGUCGAUAGUUCUGAUAUCACUCCUACCUAACGUUCUGUGUGGAUCGCUCUGACCGCGGCGACGCGACGCAUCAUUUAUUGGAGGACGCUGUAUCGUCGAUGUCGUGCACCUCAAUAUAUCCCUCCAAAUCGAUGUAUCGAACUUCAUUGCACCAGAAAGCGAAGUGACUCUCCAAUAAAGACGAACUGCAU